UCUCAGUAUUGCUCCCUUAGGGUCAGACAUGCACUAGACUUCAGCACGUGGGAGCGCUGAUGAGCGGCCAGCCUGGGUCUAUUUAAAACUACUAUUCCCAUCUCGAGGGGCGCCUCCUCCCACAGCAUAACCAGCCCAGGAGGGCAGGCGAGUAAAUACUGCUCACCUGCUCCACCGGAAACCUCAAAAUCCCGGCCCGAGCUAGACUAAAGGUAUCUGGUAAUUAAUCCUUGGCACCUCCCACCACACGCUCCUGAUUGGGCGCGUGAGACAAGGCUGUGUCUGCGCGCCCUCUUACCAAUCCGGGGAAUUCCAUUUCCUCUUCCAACCACCGGCAUAAGCAUUCAGGGGCGUUGCGUUCCUGGCAGUGGCCCGCCCCAGUUCGAGCCGGUGCCUUACUGCGUCUCGCGAGAACUUAUGCAUUUUGGGGGCGGAACCCCGUCAAGAAAAGCGCACAAAACUGCUCUUAAGUCAUUGCAGAGCUACCGCUUCGGUUAGCCGGCCACGAAGUUCUCGCGAGAGUCGUCUCCUUGAUACCAAGCGCCUGUGUCUGGCAGAGCUGGUGUGAGACGAGACAAUCCUGCCCCGCCGCCGGGAUAAUCAAGAGUUUUGGCCGGAUCUUUGCGCAUACACCGAGAGAGUGAGGAGCCAGACGACAAGCACACACUAUGGCGCUGAAACGGAUUAAUAAGGAACUUAGUGAUUUGGCCCGUGACCCUCCAGCACAAUGUUCUGCAGGUCCAGUUGGGGAUGAUAUGUUUCAUUGGCAAGCCACAAUUAUGGGACCUAAUGACAGCCCAUAUCAAGGCGGUGUAUUCUUUUUGACAAUUCAUUUUCCUACAGACUACCCCUUCAAACCACCUAAGGUUGCAUUUACAACAAGAAUUUAUCAUCCAAAUAUUAACAGUAAUGGCAGCAUUUGUCUCGAUAUUCUAAGAUCACAGUGGUCGCCUGCUUUAACAAUUUCUAAAGUUCUUUUAUCCAUUUGUUCACUGCUAUGUGAUCCAAACCCAGAUGACCCCCUAGUGCCAGAGAUUGCACGGAUCUAUAAAACAGACAGAGAUAAGUACAACAGAAUAUCUCGGGAAUGGACUCAGAAGUAUGCCAUGUGAUGCUACCUUAAAGUCAGAAUAACCUGCAUUAUAGCUGGAAUAAACUUUAAAUUACUGUUCCUUUUUUGAUUUUCUUAUCCGGCUGCUCCCCUAUCAGACCUCAUCUUUUUUAAUUUUAUUUUUUGUUUACCUCCCUCCAUUCAUUCACAUGCUCAUCUGAGAAGACUUAAGUUCUUCCAGCUUUGGACAAUAACUGCUUUUAGAAACUGUAAAGUAGUUACAAGAGAACAGUUGCCCAAGACUCAGAAUUUUUAAAAAAAAAAUGGAGCAUGUGUAUUAUGUGGCCAAUGUCUUCACUCUAACUUGGUUAUGAGACUAAAACCAUUCCUCACUGCUCUAACAUGCUGAAGAAAUCAUCUGAGGGGGAGGGAGAUGGAUGCUUAGUUGUCACAUCAAAGGAUACAGCAUUAUUCUAGCAGCAUCCAUUCUUGUUUAAGCCUUCCACUGUUAGAGAUUUGAGGUUACAUGAUAUGCUUUAUGCUCAUAACUGAUGUGGCUGGAGAAUUGGUAUUGAAUUUAUAGCAUCAGCAGAACAGAAAAUGUGAUGUAUUUUAUGCAUGUCAAUAAAGGAAUGACCUGUUCUUGUUCUACAGAGAAUGGAAAUUGGAAGUCAAACACCCUUUGUAUUCCAAAAUAGGGUCUCAAACAUUUUGUAAUUUUCAUUUAAAUUGUUAGGAGGCUUGGAGCUAUUAGUUAAUCUAUCUUCCAAUACACUGUUUAAUAUAGCACUGAAUAAAUGAUGCAAGUUGUCAAUGGAUGAGUGAUCAACUAAUAGCUCUGCUAGUAAUUGAUUUAUUUUUCUUCAAUAAAGUUGCAUAAACCAAUGAGUUAGCUGCCUGGAUUAAUCAGUAUGGGAAACAAUCUUUUGUAAAUGCAAAGCUGUUUUUUGUAUAUACUGUUGGGAUUUGCUUCAUUGUUUGACAUCAAAUGAUGAUGUAAAGUUCGAAAGAGUGAAUAUUUUGCCAUGUUCAGUUAAAGUGCACAGUCUGUUACAGGUUGACACAUUGCUUGACCUGAUUUAUGCAGAAUUAAUAAGCUAUUUGGAUAGUGUAGCUUUAAUGUGCUGCACAUGAUACUGGCAGCCCUAGAGUUCAUAGAUGGACUUUUGGGACCCAGCAGUUUUGAAAUGUGUUUAUGGAGUUUAAGAAAUUUAUUUUCCAGGUGCAGCCCCUGUCUAACUGAAAUUUCUCUUCACCUUGUACACUUGAGAGCUGAAAAAAACAACAUGGGAAUAAUAAUGGGUCAAAAUUUGCAAAAUAAAGUACUGUUUUGGUGUGGGAGUUGUCAUGAGGCUGUGUUGAAGUGACUUAUCUAUGUGGGAUAUUGAGUAUCCAUUGAAAUGGAUUUGUUCAGCCAUUUACAUUAAUGAGCAUUUAAAUGCAACAGAUAUCAUUUCAGGUGACUUAACAUGAAUGAAUAAAAGUCAAUGCUAUUGGAUUGUUUUUUGUUUGACAA